AUGUCUGACACGUGCAUCGUCUGUCUAGGGGACCUUGGCGAAAGCGCUAGUGACCCUCUCGCGGUCGAGGCAGUGCCAAGACUCGAUGCUGCUGACCCAGCGGCUAAGGCCCCGAUGUCCAGUGAUGACGAAUGCUCUAGUGAGAUAGCCCAAUUGUUGCCCUGCGGACACAUACUUCACCAUAUUUGCCUGAAGCCCUGGGUGGAAAGAGCAAAUAGUUGCCCGAUAUGUCGCCGUAAUUUCAACAUGGUAGAGUUGAAGAACCAGCCUGGAGGUCCGAUCAUUUCAUCAUACGCUGUCCAAGACCGUGUCCAGGUCGCCGAGAUCGACCCAUCCAUGGUAGCUGACUACGGCGAUGAAGACUUCGGCGACUAUCUACCUUGCACAAUCUGCGGACAGUGCGGUGAUGAAGAUGUGCUGCUCCUUUGUGACGGCUGCGAUGCUCCAUCUCAUGUCUUUUGCUUGGGACUGGAGGGUGUGCCUUCUGGGGACUGGUACUGCGACAUGUGUGAGACGCUACGGGCGGUGGAGCCUGCUGCGGAGAUAGUGAAUUCCCAGCCUCGCACCACAGCACGUCGAGACGGUCGCACACGGGGUUCGCGCCGUCAGACACGAAGCAGUGACCAGGUAAACUCCUUCCACUGGGCACGCGUGUGGCAAGCUGUAUGGGACAAUCUCAACUUCGAUUUAGAUUUCCCAUACGAUGAUGAUCGUGCUGCUCAGCGUGUGCUACAGCAGCGACGGCGUGAGGAGGCAAAUCAGCGCGAGUUUCGGGCCUGGCAACGCAGAUUCGAGGUCGCUGAGCGACAGGGAGGUGGACAUCGCUUUCGCGACAGUGCCCCCCUCUUCGACCUUGAAUCUCCCCGGCCCUCGCGCCCUCGGGUGCCGAGGAACCCCACGCCUGAGCCGGAGUCUCUCGAGGAGAUGCGGGCCUGGAACGCAUUUGAACGAGCUCGCGAGAUCGAAAAUGAUCCCAGUGCUGCUCGCAAACGCAAAGAACCGACCCUAUCGCCUGAACCUGAAUCCUCUGAGCCACAGCGUAAGCUCAAGCGUCCUCGCACAAGGCGACCCCAGGACCUCGCCGCGAUAGCGCAACAGACUGGAGACACCUCGAGAACGGCGACUGCGGGCAGCGCCGGUGGCGUCGGCGGUAGUAGUAGCUCUACUGGUAGCGCUAGCUCUACUCGUGAUUCGACUGGUGCCACUGGUCGGGUAAAUGGUGCUGUUUCGGCUGAGCCUAGUUUUCUCUCCUGUCUGCUGCAAGAAGUCGAGCACGCAUCUGCCAACGAGCGCACAACGCCUCUCAUGCGACCUGCUCCGGCAUCCGGCGCCCCGGCUGAUCUCGCUUCCUCGGGUCCCUCUUCGCCAACAGCCUCUGCCCUGUCCUCCCACCGGUCCUCUCCGCGACUCUCAUCCGCCACACCUCCGCCCUUCUCGCGUACUCGUGCACUCUCUCCCCUUCGACUAUCGUCUCCAGUGCAGCCCUCAUCACCACCAUUCUCUCCUCAGGUUUCCACUUCCGGAAGCCCCCGUCCACCGGCUCCAGCCAAACCACAAUCAGCGUCAUCUGACGAAUCAUAUCGUCCGCGUUCUCGAAUCCCACGAGCGGCCACCGAGAAAACGCGCUCUCGGUCUGCAGAGACAUCUUCCCGUGGCGGCGAGCCUUCCUCCGAAGUGAAAUCGGACAUUCGCAGCAUGGUCAGCACCGCUCUGAAGCCACAUUAUCGCUCCAAGACCAUCACGCGAGAGCAAUUCACCGAAACCAAUCGCACAAUCUCACGUCUGCUCUACAAACGCGUGGGCAAAGCCCAGACUCUCGGCCCAGAGGUUCGUACGGAUCUAGAGAACACUGCGAACUUUGAGGUACAGAAGACUGUCGGUGCCUUGCAUAAGAAGAACAAGGAGGAUCGCCAGGCGCAGAAGCAGAAAUUGAAAAUGAAGCAGACCGCGCAGCCAGCGGCGUCAGCGGGCGACGGUGCAUGA